AUGGCAAUCCUCACGCUUCCGCUGGUGAUUUCCUUCCUUAAGCCUCACGCAUGCAGCCUCUCCCUAUUUCGCUCGGUCAUUGGCGUAAACCCCAGUCGCUUUCGAGUCACUCGGCGCCAUUUCAAAAGAACGACUGUUUCCGCGAUAAGCAAUUCUGCCUUUCAGCAGCAGCAGCAGCAGCAGCACUCCUCGACGGAACCGAAGAGUGAGCCGCCUCAGAAACCCUUAGUCCUCACUUUUCAGCAAGCUAUUCAGCGACUCCAGGAUUAUUGGGCUUCAGUUGGUUGUGCAGUGAUGCAAUGUAGUAACACCGAGGUUGGUGCUGGGACUAUGAAUCCUCUCACUUUCUUGAGGGUCCUCGGUCCUGAGCCAUGGAAUGUGGCUUACAUAGAGCCAAGCGUUCGACCCGAUGAUAGUCGUUAUGGAGAAAAUCCUAAUAGGCUUCAGCGCCAUACACAAUUUCAGGUUAUAUUGAAGCCUGAUCCUGGAAAUUCGCAAGAUCUUUUCAUUCGUAGUCUGUCAGCUUUAGGCAUCAACAUUAGUGACCAUGAUAUACGAUUUGUGGAGGACAACUGGGAGAGCCCGGUACUUGGUGCUUGGGGAUUGGGCUGGGAAAUCUGGAUGGAUGGGAUGGAAAUCACUCAAUUCACAUACUUUCAGCAGGCUGGAAGUCUUCAGUUGUCACCAGUAUCUGUUGAGAUCACUUAUGGCCUUGAGCGCAUCCUCAUGUUGCUUCAGGGAGUUGAUCAUUUUAAGAAGAUACAAUAUGCUGAUGGCAUUACCUAUGGAGAGUUGUUUUCUGAAAAUGAGAAGGAAAUGAGUGCGUAUUACUUGGAACAUGCCAGUGUUCAUCAGCUUCAUAAUCACUUUGAUCUUUUUGAGGCAGAAGCUCGUUCUCUGCUUGCUUUAGGUUUGGCCAUUCCCGCGUAUGAUCAGCUUCUGAAGACAUCUCACACAUUCAAUAUUUUGGACUCUAGAGGAUUUGUUGGUGUGACUGAGCGUGCUCGUUAUUUUGGUCGAAUGCGUAGUUUAGCUCGCCAGUGUGCUCAACUUUGGUCGACAACCAGGGAGUCACUGGGCUAUCCGUUGGGUACUGUUUCUGAACCUGCUCAUUCUACCUCUACUCAACCGUUUUUGGAGGCAGAGACCAAGACGGUUCUUGAUGACACAAGGUCAUUUGUACUCGAAAUUGGGACUGAAGAGUUACCUCCUCUUGAUGUUACUUAUGGCGGCGAGCAGCUUGAAGGUUUACUACUUCAAUUGCUAGAUAAACAGAGAUUGGGCCAUGGGAAAAUUCAAGCAUUUGGCACUCCUCGCAGAUUGGUGAUAUUUGUGGAGAACCUUUGCACUAAGCAAUCUGAAAGGGAGAUUGAGGUUCGGGGUCCCCCCGUUUCAAAGGCUUUUGAUGGGCAGGGAAAACCUACAAAGGCCGCUGAGGGUUUUUGCCGUAGAUACAAUGUGUCUCUGGACUCACUAUUUAGGAAGGUUGAUGGGAAAACAGAGUAUGUUCAUAUCCAUGUGAAGGAAGCUGCACGACUGACAUCAGAGAUCUUAUCUGAAGAGUUGCCUGGUAUUAUCAGUAAAUUAUCAUUCCCAAAGUCCAUGCGUUGGAACUCUCAGGUUAUGUUCAGUCGGCCUGUUCGUUGGAUUAUGGCCUUGCAUGGAGACAUUCUGGUUCCUUUCACAUUUGCUGGAGUUUUAAGUGGAAAGCUAUCGUAUGGCCUUCGCAAUACCGCUUCAGCUAUAAUUCAGGUUUUGAGUGCUGAAUCCUAUGCAAGCGCGUUGAUGACUGCUGGAAUUAAUAUUGCAAUAAAGGGUCGAAAGGAAAGCAUUUUGGAGCAGUCUAAUAUGUUGGCAAAAAGUGUCAAUGGUCAUAUCUUUGUGCAGGAAAAUUUACUCAGCGAGGUAGUAAAUCUUGUUGAGGCACCAGUAGCGGUGCUUGGAAAGUUUAAAGAGUCAUUCUUGGAGCUCCCAGACGAUCUUUUGAAAAUGGUCAUGCAGAAGCACCAGAAGUAUUUUGCAAUCAUUGAUGACAGUGGAAAGCUACUUCCAUACUUUAUCGCAGUCGCAAAUGGGCCAAUAAACGAGCUGGUGGUUAGAGAAGGGAAUGAAGCUGUGCUUAGAGCACGGUAUGAAGAUGCUAAAUUUUUCUAUGAGAUGGAUACUCGAAGGAAAUUCUCAGAGUUUCAAAGUCAGCUGAAAGGGAUACUUUUUCAUGAGAAGCUUGGAACAAUGCUUGACAAGGUGGUACGCUUGCAAAACCUUGUUGAAAACUUGGGUUUGGAGUUGGGUAUCGCGAAAGAUAUGCUUCAAAUUGUGAAGGAUGCUGCAUCACUAGCAAUGUCAGACCUUGCUACUGCAGUAGUAACGGAAUUCACUGGCCUUUCGGGAAUAAUGGCACGUCACUAUGCUCUAAGGGAUGGAUACUCAGAGCAGAUUGCAGAGGCAUUGUUAGAAAUCACACUUCCAAGAUUUUCUGGGGAUAACGUUCCGAAAAGCGAUGCAGGCAUUGUUUUAGCAAUUGCUGACAGAUUGGACAGCCUUGUGGGUUUAUUUGCUGCUGGAUGCCAGCCUAGUUCUACUAAUGACCAAUUUGGCCUGAGAAGAAUCUCGUAUGGUCUGGUUCAAAUAUUAGUAGAAAGAGAGAAAAAUUUGGAUUUGCUUCAUGCUAUAAAACUUGCUGCUGCUGUGCAACCAUUACACGUGGAUGCUCAAAUAAUAGAUGAUGCACAUGCAUUUGUUACUCGAAGACUAGAGCAAUUUUUGGUUGACAAGGGAAUAAGUCCUGAAUUAGUCCGUUCAGUACUGGCUGAGCGUGGGAACUCUCCUUAUGUCGCCGCAAAAACAGCAUUCAAAAUGCGAGCGUUGUCAGAAGAUCAUCUUUUUCCUAGGGUGGUUGAAGUGUAUUCUCGUCCAACAAGAAUAGUGCGAGGAAAGGAUUAUGAUUCGAGUUAUGAGGUGGAUGAAACGAAGUUCGAGACAAAUGAAGAGAGAGGCUUGUGGAAUGCUUUCUUGUCGACGAGAAGCAAAAUUCACCCUGGUAUCGAGGUUGAUGAAUUUAUUGAAAUUUCUGCGGAGCUGUUACAGCCACUUGAGGAUUUCUUCAAUAAUGUCUUCGUCAUGGUGGAAGAUGAAAGCAUACGAAAAAACAGGCUUGCUCUACUUAAGAGAAUCGCGGACCUUCCAAGAGGCAUAGCAGACCUCUCAGUCUUGCCCGGGUUUUAG